AUGGAGCGGAUCUUCUUCAAAACGGACAUCGAGGAUGCCUACUCAGGGCUUCCCGUGUAUGUCUUUGAUACCCUGUACCUCCCUUCACCAGAUGUCAUCGACUACGAUCUUUUCAUUCCCACACUCAUGAACAAGCUCCCGCUGGAACGGUACAUCUUGGUGAUGUUCUCAUGUGGCCUUAACAAAAUAUCGUGGAUCCACGGUGUCAAGUUCCUCAGGCUGUUUUUGUCGCCCGAGGCUUGCAACUUCGACAAUCUUCAUAAAAUCAUCGCCGUGCACGAGAGCUGGUUCGUCAAGUCCAUCUCCCUGGUUUUGACCAACAUAUCCAUAUCCAAAAAGACAUUUUCCAAGUUGCAUCGGCUUUUCGACUCCCUGUCACGCCAGCUGGACAUUUUGAUCAGCUGUGGCUCUUUGGAAGAGCUUUCCAACUAUGUCGACGUCACUAGACUCAAGAUCUCCUUGAACAUAUACAAGCACGACGCCCAAACAACGCUUCUGCCUCGGCUACUGCUCAAUUGCCCCACUGUUCAACUCAUAACCGAGAGAACUACUUAUAAUCCGGAAUCAGACCCUCUCUUCUGCUAUCACUUCAACCAGAUCUUCCGCAUCAUCGAGACCUAUGGGACAAAGGCAGAAGCCAUCUUCAUGAAACCGGGAAACCGCCAAAAUACCGAGAUAUUAUUCCAGUGCAUUGUCAGAAACCAAUAUAUCUGGGUCAACGACUGGGACCUCCAUUGCAUCGCGUCGACAUUUAAGAAGAUCCUCCUGACAGUGACUCCAUUGAUCAACAUUGAGGAUAUCGUCUUGCCCAUGAAGGACGAUCUUGAUUACACGCUUAUGGUUCUUAGCAAGAACUUUGCGGGCAGUGAUCAUGCUGCCUCGGUUCUCUUCCGUAUAGUCGAUCUCUGUCACAAGAUUGUCGAGAACCCCGAAACCACGCAACAUCUGCCUGUUUCGGUUGCAAAAUGUAUGUGCCACGCGUUGACCCACGAGCUCAAACUGCAGCAGAAUAGCGACAGAGUUUCUAUUGCUGUCAGGUACAUCAAGAACCUCAUUCAGCACUGGAGCCGUAUCAGGCCCCUCUUCCAGGAAAGGCUUUCUGAGAAGCCCAAGAACGAAAAUCGUUCGGAACAAAAAUUCGAUGAGCUGUAUAACCUCUCGCAUGAUAUCACCAUGGAUGAAGAAAACACCAGCGGCGAGGAAGAGAGUCAGCGGGUUCAGUUCAAUACGAAAACUAUUCUUGAUAACGAUACCACUCUAGCAAGAACAGAGACCACGUCAAGAAAUAACAUUGAGGUGAGUUCGAAAAAGGAAAAACUACAAGAUGUUUCGAAUAUCAAGGCACAAUGGCCGCCACAAAAAUACAGGUUCGAGCGUAAAGAUAUACCCAAGAAGGUGGAGGUUCAGGAAGAGCCUCAGACACCAGCAAAAAGACCUGUGGUCAGAGGCCGGAAAGUCGGCGAGUUGACUCGUCUCUUCGAGCAACGCACACAAGCUAUGAAGCUACUUGGGGCUAUCUAG